AUGAAGUCCAUCUCUUUCGUCCUCACCCUACUCCUCAGCAGCGCUCUGGCUGCUCCCUUCGAGUCUACCUACUCUAGCCUAUCCGCCCGCGAGGAGGCCGGCCUCUUCGACGACUUGAAGGGUGGUAGCCUCGGCCCACGGGCUAGCGAUGACACCGUUGCGCGUGCUACGGAUGACCUGGACAAGUUCCUUGCAUCACUCGGCGGUCAAGGAAAGGGCGACAGCAAGGCGCCUUCCAAGCGUGAGGAAGCCCUCCUCGGUGAGCUCCUAGCUGGUCUUAUCCCUGGCCUGACUGGCGGCUCCGGAGCCGUUGGAGGACUCACCAAGGGCGCCACUGACGCUGUGGACGGCGUGACCGGUGGCCUUACCAAGGAGCUCAAGGAAAAGCUUGGUGAUGUUACCGGUAGCGCUGGAGGUCUUACCAAGGACGUUACCGACAAGCUUGAUGGUCUCACUGGUAAGGGAUCUGAUAAGCAGAAGCGUGAGGAAGCCCUUCUCGGUGAGCUCCUAGCUGGUUUCAUCCCCGGCCUGACUGGCGGCUCCGGAGCUGUUGGAGACCUCACCAAGGGGCUCACCGACACAGUGGGCGGCGCGACUGGUGGCCUUACCAAGGAGCUCAAGGAAAAGCUUGGUGAUGUUACCGGCAGCACUGGAGGCCUUACCAAGGACGUUACCGACAAGCUGGAUGGUCUCACUGGUAAGGGAUCCGACAAGCAGAAGCGUGAGGAGGCCUUUGUUGUCGGCGACCUUCUAGGUUUGAUUAGCGGUCUUACCGGCGGCCUGACUGGCGGCGCUGGUGGCAGUGCAGCCGCUGGAGGACUCACCGAGGGGCUCAAGGACAAGCUUGGUGAUGUUACCGGUAGCGCUGGAGAUCUUCCCAAAGACCUUACCGAAAAGCUGGGUGCCCUGGCUGGCGGAAAGUCUGGCGAAGACGGUGCCGACAAGAAGGGAUCCGACAAGCAGAAGCGCGAGGAGGCUCUUGCCGGGCUACCCCUUGAGAAGAUUCUUCCUCUUCUGAAGGCGCUCGGGCUCGGAAAGCGUGAAGAGGCUCUUGGUGGACUCCCCGAUUCCAUCGAAGAUCUCCUCAAGCUCCUAGGACUUGACAAGCGAGACGAAGCACUCUCUAAGCGUGAGGAGGCUAUUCUGCCCAUCCCCCUUGAUGACCUCCUUAAGCUUCUAGGCGGACUCACCAAGAGUGGCAAGCAGGGCCUUGGCAAGCGCGAGGAGGCCAUUGCUGGACUUCCCAUCUCUAUCAAAGAUCUCCUCAGCAUCCUAGGGCUUGGCAAGGGUAGCGAAGAGGGCCUCUCCAAGCGUGAGGAGGCCAUUGCUGGACUCCCUUCGCUCGAUGAUCUCCUUAAAAUCCUAGGACUUGACAAGCGUGGCGAAGAGGGUCUCUCCAAGCGUGAGGAGGCUAUUCUGCCCAUCCCCCUUGGUAACCUCCUUAAGCUUCUAGGUGGACUCACCAAGAGUGGCAAGCAGGGCCUUGGAAAGCGCGAGGAGGCCAUUGCCGGACUCCCCGUCGGUGCCAUCCUUGACCUCCUUAAGAGUCUUGGACUCAGCAAGAGAGAUGGACAGGAGCUAUCUGAGCGCGAGGUCGCUGGUAUUGGGAGAAUUCUCAGCCUCAACCUCCUGCCGCUCACCAAGGGAUCAGGAAAGCGAGAUGUCGCUGAAGGAUCAUCCAUUGAUCGCCGAGACCCCAUCGUUCUCACUCCUGAGAUCAUCGAGUCUCUUAUUCGCCAGAAGCUCGAGGCUGCCAAGAAGGGCAAGGGUGAGAUCAAGGACAAGGCCAGUGGCAAGGACAAGCGCGAGGUGGCAAACCACCAAGCCGCUGGCGAUAUCACCGAUGAGCUCAAGGAAAUUCUUGAGGCUCUCCUGGGUGGUGCCGACAAGCUCCCUGCCGUCGACUCGAUCAAGCAGGCCGUGGAGGACAAGGCUGGCGAUGCCAAGGAUGUGGCUAAGGAUGCCUCGGGAAAGACCAAGGAGGCUGUUGCCGCUGUUGACCCUGUCUCUGCUUAG